CACCACACGCUUACUAUGGCCAGUGAGACCCUGAGACCACCAACCAUUAGUGCUUGACUUUAGCGGACAAUGCGGACAUGACUCUAGUAGGACCGUCUGCUAAUCCAUAAACUUUUAGGGAGGUGACAUAGAAGACCGGACACAGAAACGGUUAUAGACUCGUUGCCGGCGGCUGCUCUGUCCGUACUGUGACUUUCAGAUUGAACUGCUGUACCAGAGAGCCUGGCAGUCAUGGAGACGGUCCACAGCUACGGGGUUAGCACCACACAGUACCUCCAGACUCACUACAAGGACACUCAAAGCUGGUUCCUGUUGGUUUCCAUGGUAGCUGACCUGCGGAACACCUUCUUUGUGUUUUUCCCUGUGCUGUUCCACCUGCAUGAAUCAGUGGGCGUCAAGCUGAUCUGGGUGGCUGUUGUAGGAGACUGGCUCAACCUCAUCUUAAAAUGUCUCUCAUAUCUACUCAGGAUCCUGUUUGGCGAGCGCCCCUACUGGUGGGUCCAAGAGACACCUUACUAUGGCAACUCCUCAGCACCGCGGAUUGAACAGUUCCCUAUGACAUGUGAGACGGGUCCAGGAAGUCCGUCAGGCCAUGCCAUGAGCACUGCUGGGGUUUACUAUGCCGUCAUCUCCUCCCUCCUCACCAUCCUCGUCCAGGAACACUGGGGUCACAUCAAGAACUGUUGUGUUCGUGGGAUGCUGUGGGCGAGCUUCUGGUGUGUGCAGGUUUGUGUCUGCCUCUCCAGGGUUUUCAUCGCUGCCCACUUCCCUCACCAGGUCGUUGCAGGGGUUGUCACAGGCAUCCUGGUUGCGGAGGCCUUUGACCGGGUCGAGUGGAUCCACAGGGCUAGCCUGAGGCGUUACAUCUACACCAGCCUGUCCCUGCUGUCCUUCGCUGUGGGCCUCUACCUGCUCCUCUGGGGCCUGGGAGUGGACCUGCUUUGGACUCUGGACAAGGCCCAGCGCUGGUGUCAGCGUCCCCAGUGGGUUCACAUGGAAACCACACCCUUUGCCAGCCUUCUGCGCAACACCGGGACUUUGUUCGGCAUGGGCUUGGGGCUGCACUCACCUCUAUGCGCCGAGGCCAGGAGGGUGGGUCAUGGCGCCACCUACAGGCUGGCAUGCAUGUGCACCACACUGCUGCUUCUCCACCUACUGGACUCAUUCAGCCCACCAGCACACACCAGGGCCCUAUUCUACCUGCUUUCAUUCUGUAAGAGUGCCACAGUGCCCCUGGCAACUGUAGGCAUUGUUCCCUACUGCAUCGCCAGGGCAACAGGAUGGCAUAGGAAAAGGAACCACUAAGUUUGGUACUAAGUCUAAUUUUGAACUUGUCGUAAUUCUCUGAGAACUGAAGGGACAGAGAAAUGGACAGGCACGGCAGAACUCAGAAGCGUUGCACCAGUUAGAAGUACUUGAAAGCCGAUCAGAUCGUUGCAUGAGGUGGAUUUUGUAUGCAUCUUGAGGCUGACGGUUCUCAAAGGACAAUGGCUGUUAACAUCACACCGGUGCCACUUUACUUGGUUAUUGGUUGUACAAAACAUUGGCUAGUCUUGUGAGGCCAUACCUCCAAAUCUCAUCAAACCUGGUCUAAGAGCCUUGGUAAGAAUUCAGCAUUUAGACUAUAAAACCGAGAAAGCAUUGUUAAACGGUUUGUUUUCUUCAGGAAAUGCGGUUACACCCCUUGGUGGAAUCAUUGGAAUGUGGAGAGGAGGGUGAGCAUAUAAUUACAUUAGAAUUGUGUAGGAACUCAGAGAGGUAGGGGAGAGGAAGUGUGUUCCCUUGAUACUAGCCUACAACUGAACAUGGAAAGAAAGUUGUGCUUUCUCUCGUUCUUGCUCUUCCAUUGUGGGCUCUGAGUAGUGUUAGGAUUUCUCUAAAUACACUGCUAUGGAGAAAAAAACUCCUGAGAAAGGAACUCUGUACUACUCUUUAGGGGUAGUCAGAGUUGGCUUGUAAUGGAUUAAAUGUAAUGAGAAUUACACAAUCUGAUUUUUAAAAAUGAAGUAACUAAUCAGGGUUUUAUUCUGAAAAAUAUCUGGAUAUAUUUAGGAUUCAUAAAAAAAGGUUUAGUGUGAGGAAUAUUUAAUAAAACUUGUAAAACAAUGCUAUAAUCUAGAGCAAGCUCCAAACAUUUAUUAUGCUCAUAGAGAUCACCUAAGAGACAUAGAUCUCUUCUUUUCAGACUGUUUGAAGGAAUAAGUAAAUUCCAAAACAUUUCCACCUGACCCAAUAUCUAUCUAGCUCUCUAGUUCCUACUUGAUACUAAGCAAAAUGGUUGUACUCUCUGUCCUUUCUGUGCUUUGAGCAGCAGGAACAAAAAAAUGCUUUAGAAUUCUCAACAUUUCAAAAUACAAUACCUGGAAUAACCCUUUUUUAUAGCAUGCAGAAAUUGGGUGUGUUAGUUGAAAGUGCUUUUAAGUGGAAUUCUGUAGAUUGAUGAUGAUGACAUGCACAUAUUUUGGAGCUAACAUCGGUCAACCAACUGCAUCAUUGUCAAAUCCUAAAGCCAUGAUAAUCACUGUUUUUCAUUGCACAUACACAUCUAUUUAUUCAACCAUUAUGUGACUGUCUCACACACAGAAUAUUGAACAUGUGCUCCAAAUUUGUUGAUAAGUUAUGCUGGAGCUAUAUUUUAUGCACUUACAAUUUUUCUCAAACCUGACUGUGUUCAGUGGGUGGGAGGAGGGGGGUGCUAUAUGAUGAAUGAAUGAUGGAUGAAUUAUCUAUUUACUCAACAAAGUUUUUGCCACACAUCAGAAAAAACUAUUUAAACUGUAUGAGCAUUUAUAUUACCCCAGCAGCAUAUUUCAAUUUACACCAAGGAACAUCAACUUUAAUGAAUGACUGCCCCCAACUAAUUUGUCUUUGUUUUACUCAUUUCCUCAAUAAAACAUGCAGGAGCCAUGAUGUGCCCAAAUAAGAUUUGUCUUGGAGGUGUGGUUUAAUGUGGGUGUCCCUUGGCGUGGCAAGAGCACACCCAACUGUCAACUC